UCGUUUCGCUGUGCGUGUGUUUGACUGAACUGCCUCGUAUGUUGAUCCCGAUUGCCUUCUGGAGAACCUGACAUUGGAAAAUUAGAAGGAUAGACCUCCCGACAGAUCAUAGCAAGGUGACAUUGUUGUGAUCAGCCUACCUGUGUUUGAGCUCUAAGAUUGGACCACGAAGAUGACCCAGCCUCGGCCGGACGAGUUCAAGCCACCUCCGGAGUGCCCAGUCUUCGAACCAAGCUGGGAGGAAUUUGCCGAUCCUUUUGCUUUUAUAAAUAAGAUCCGUCCAAUUGCGGAAAAAACUGGCAUUUGUAAGGUCCGCCCGCCUCCGGGCUGGCAGCCACCAUUUGCAUGUAAUGUUGACAGACUGCACUUCACUCCUCGGAUACAGAGGCUCAAUGAACUGGAGGCACAGACCAGGGUCAAGCUUAACUUCUUGGACAAGAUUGCAAAGUUCUGGGAGUUGCAGGGGUGUUCUCUGAAGAUUCCUCAUGUGGAAAGGAAGAUAUUGGACCUUUAUCAACUCAACAAGAAUGUUGCAGGUGAGGGUGGAUUUGAUAUUGUGUGUCGUGACAGACGAUGGACGGCGAUUGCACUUAAGAUGGGCUUUGCUCCUGGCAAGGCUGUGGGCUCUCACCUACGGUCGCACUAUGAGAGAAUCCUCUACCCCUACAACCUCUUCCAGAGUGGAGCUAACCUCCUGGCACCAGAGCUUGCUUCCAAGCUGAUGCGUUUAGUGUCUGCCCCUGAACUUGACACGUUUGUCCAGAAGCCAACCCUGCCACUUGACACAAGUGACAAGGAGUACAAACCCCAUGACCUGGCCGAGAGGCAGCAGUUUGUCCAGCCAGCCGAGUCCUGCUGCAACAGCGCCCGCAGAGCAAAGCGAAUGAGAGCUGAGGUGGAUGCUCUUGUCGAACAGAGCCUCACACACUUGUCAGAAGAACUCCUCAUAAACCCAUCCGGUUGUGUGAAGAUCGAACCAGGAACUAAACCCUGUGAGAACAGACCAAAUCUGAGGAGGAGGAUGGGCUCCUUUGUUGCCAAGCCCGAGCCAGAAAAAGAAAUUCCCAUUCUAGUGAAACAGGAACCCAUUGAGCCGGUGAGCGAUGCAGAUGAAAACAAGUCUCGAUAUAAGAAAAAACCCAGUCUUGAUGUCCCACCUCCUGCAGUGAAUGUAGUGGACCUGUAUAUUUGUCUGGUGUGUGGCAGUGGGAGUGACGAGGAUCGUCUUCUGUUGUGUGAUGGCUGUGACGACAGUUACCACACCUUCUGUCUCAUACCCCCUCUAAACGACGUCCCCAAAGGAGACUGGAGGUGCCCCAAGUGCCUGGCUCAAGAGUGCAGCAAACCUCAGGAGGCAUUUGGUUUUGAGCAGGCAUACAGGGACUACUCUUUGCGGGCUUUUGGUGAAAUGGCAGACUCCUUCAAAUCUGAUUACUUCAACAUGCCAGUUCAUAUGGUUCCCACAGAGUUGGUGGAAAAAGAGUUCUGGCGCUUGGUGAGCACCAUCGAGGAGGACGUCACAGUGGAGUAUGGAGCGGAUAUAGCCUCCAAGGAGUUUGGGAGCGGAUUCCCCAUCAGGAAUGGAAGAUUUAAGGUUUCAGAAAAGGAUGAGAUGUACCUGAAGUGUGGCUGGAACCUGAACAACAUGGCGAUGAUGGACCCGUCAGUGUUGACUCAUGUCACAGCAGACAUCUGUGGGAUGACUCUACCUUGGCUCUAUGUAGGCAUGUGCUUUUCCUCCUUCUGCUGGCACAUCGAGGACCACUGGAGCUACUCCAUCAACUACCUGCACUGGGGGGAGCCGAAGACGUGGUAUGGAGCACCUGGCUUUGCUGCAGAACAGCUUGAGGCUGUGAUGAAGAAACUGGCUCCAGAGCUGUUUCAGAUUCAGCCUGACCUCCUCCACCAGCUGGUCACCAUCAUGAACCCCAACACCCUCAUGUCUCACGGGGUCCCUAUUUACAGAACAAAUCAGUGUGCUGGUGAGUUUGUCAUCACCUUCCCCAGAGCUUAUCACAGUGGUUUCAACCAGGGUUUCAACUUCGCUGAAGCUGUAAACUUCUGCACUGUGGACUGGAUGGCAUUAGGCCGCCAGUGCGUUGACCACUACAGACUGCUGCAUCGGUACUGUGUUUUCUCGCACGACGAGAUGAUCUGCCAGAUGGCCUCCAAGGCCAACAGUCUGGACGUGGUCCUGGCGUCGGCUGUCCAGAAAGAUAUGAAGGAUAUGAUCAGAGAGGAGCAGGACCUACGAGAUAAAGUCCGCAAGAUGGGGGUGAAGCAUUGCGAGCAGGCGGAAUACAAUCUCCUGCAGGAUGACGAGCGGCAGUGUGCCAAGUGUAGGACCACAUGUUACCUGUCUGCCAUCACCUGCCCCUGCAGCCCUGGCCGGCUGGUCUGUCUCCACCACAUCCAGGACCUCUGCUCCUGCCCCCUCACCAACUACACACUGAAUUAUAGAUUUACACUGGAUGAUCUGUACCCCAUGAUGAAUGCGGUGAAGCAGCGAGCUGAGUUCUAUGAUGAGUGGGCCUCCCACGUGACAGAGACUCUGGAGGCUAAACUGGACAAGAAAAAAAGCUUGUCAGUCUUCCGCUCCCUCAUCAAUAAAUCAGAGUUGAAGAUGUUCCCUGACAACGACCUCCUGCGUCAGCUCCGUUUAGUCACACAGGAUGCAGAGAAAUGCUCCUCAGUUGCCCAGCAGCUACUCAACGGCAAAAGGCAGACCAGGUAUCGCUGUGGUGGAGGGAAGACACAGAGCCAGCUGACUGUGGAGGAGCUGAGGUCAUUUGUCAGGCAACUGUACAACCUCCCAUGCAGCCUUCCCCAAGCCCCCAAAUUAAAGGAGCUCUUGAAUUGCAUCGAAGACUUCCAGCAACACAGUGAGAAGCUCCUGGCAGACGAGACCACCGGCACAGCAGAGAUCCAGAGUCUUCUAGACGUUAGCUUUGACUUUGACGUGGCGCUGCCUGAACUUCCAUUACUACGGGAGAGGCUGACACAAGCCCGCUGGCUAGAGGGGGUGCAGCAGGCCAGCACCCAGCGCUCCACCCUGACCCUGGAGACCAUGCGGAGGCUGAUAGACCAGGGCGUGGGUCUGACCCCUCACCCCUCUGCGGAGAAGGCCAUGGCUCGCCUGCAGGAGCUGCUAACUGUGUCUGAACACUGGGAGGACAAGACCAGCAGCCUCCUCAAGGCCAGGCCCCCCCUCUCUAUAGAAGCCCUCUCCGAAACAGCUGAGAAGGUGGCUGGUAUCCCUGCUUACCUCCCCAAUUGUCUGAUGCUGAAGGACUCCAUCAGUAGGGCCAGAGAGUGGCUUCAGGAAGCUGAGGCACUUCAGAAUGAAGAUUCCAUUCCAUUGUUUUACAACCUCUCUGAUAUGGUUAUUCGAGGACAAGACAUCCCAGUCCAGCUUGGCCCUCUAAAGCAGCUGGAGUCCCUGGUGGCAGAGGUGCAGGCCUGGAAAGAGUCUGCAGCUAAAAUUUUCCUCAUGAAAAACUCUCACUUCACUCUGCUUGAGGUUCUGUGUCCAAGAUGUGAAGUUGAAGCAGGUUCUCCGAAAAGGAAGUCCAAAAAAGCUAAAGACAUCACUCAGCACAGCAAGAAGAAGAUGGUGAAGCUUGACUGUCUCAGUGAUGUGGAAAAAGCCCUCUCAGAGACCAAGGACUCUGCUUCUGCUCUGGCAACUCUCGGGGAGGUGCGGUUACAGGAGAUGGGGGCCCUCUCCUCCCUCCGGGCAGCUAACGAGUCCAAGCUCCUUCCCACGGCAGACUGCAUGGGCCUGAAGGUGUGUGUGUGUCAGAAUCCCCCCAUGGGAGCCAUGUUACAGUGUGAGCUCUGCCGGGACGCCUUCCACAGCGUGUGUGUGAGGGCUUCCUCAGACUCCCGUUCAGCCCAGGUCUGGCUGUGCCCGCACUGCCGACGCUCUGAGAAGCCCUCCCUGGACAAGGUACUGCCCUUGCUGGCAUCGCUGCAGCGUAUCCAGGUGCGUCUGCCGGAAGGCGAUGCACUUCACUAUUUGGUUGAGAGAACAGUCAGCUGGCAACAGCGUGCGCGACAGGUCUCUUCCUCCUGUGGACUACCAGACCUGGAGGAGAGCUUUGCAACUCCACCAUCUCCGGAUGGAAAGCUAACAUGUUUAACUCCAGAGUGGAACAGGACAACUCAUGAUCAGAUGGUCUUCUACACAGAGCAAAGAUGCAUUCCUCUGCAGGAUCUUAGUGUGGAGCUGGAGGAGUUGAUGGUGGAAGGGCUCCUGCUGCAGGUGUCUCUUCCAGAGAUCACACAGCUAUACCAUGUGUUACUGAACGGGCUGAGAACGCAUCAUACCAACGAACGCACAUCACUGCAAGAUGACGACCCUUCAGACUGUGACAAACUCAAGCAGUGUAACUCUCAGGGAAAAAGCUUUCCACAAAAGGAUGGGUUGAUAAAGGAAGGAGUGAACGGAGCAGAGAAGAAGGCUAAGCGACGCCUGGAGAGGGAGGCUGUAGAGCCAGAGCGCAGGGACAAGGCCAAGAAGCUCCAGAACAAGAGACAGAAAAUGAACAAAGAGAAGAACCUGGAACGCAAGGCGGCGUCGACCUCCUCGUCUCACUCCGACUUCUCCCAGUCAGAUGACUCUGAAGAGGAGAUGUGUCCAGCAGAGGGAUGCCAGCAACCUGAAGGAGAUGAGGUCGACUGGGUCCAGUGUGAUGGCAGCUGUAACCAGUGGUUCCACCAAGUCUGUGUGGGUGUGACAGCCGAGCUGGCUGAGAAAGAAGACUAUGUGUGUGACAACUGCACAAUAAGCGAUGGUCGCUGAGGAAAUGAGGAGAGACUGGAUGGGGAGUUUACUCCGUUAGCAACUCAGUCACACAAGUCAGGAUGUGUCACAGACCCUGUCCUCAUACCCCGCCCCCCCCCCCCCCCCCCCCCCAACCCAGCCCUCUUGUCCCUAUCCCCUUUGUAACAACGGUGCUAUCUGCUCUUUAUUGGGUUGUUGUCCAGAACUAUACUGCUUGGUUACUUUUUUGUAUUUUGCCUAUUUUUCUUUCCUCCUCUGAUCUGUUGGUGGUUGUGACAGAAUGUGGAUCAGUGUGCUGCAUGGGUUUCCAUUGCAUUGGGUGGUGCAAAGGAGUCAAACAAUAAGUUACCCUGUAAAGAUCAAAGGGGGUGUGGUAUAUGGCCAAUAUACAAUGGCUAAGGGCUGUUCUUACGCAUGACGCAAUGUGGAGUGCCUGUAUACAGCUCUUAGCCGUGGUAUAUUGGCCAUAUACCACAACCCCCUGAGGUGUCUUAUUGCUAUUAUAAACUGGUUACCAACGUAAUUAGCUAGAACAGUAAACAAGUAAUUUUGUGUCAUACCAGUGGUAUAUUGUGUCACAGCUUUCAGCCAAUCAGCAUUCUUGGCUUGAACCACCCAGUUUUUAUGUCUGAUAUACCACUGCUCUCAGCCGAUCAGCAUUCAGGACCCAAACUACCCAGUAUAUAAUACAGUAUAUUGUACAUGGAACUUCCUUGCAUACAAAACCAGAGACUUAGAGGAUGUGGGUUAAGGUCCCCUUCUUCCCCCGCCCUCUUAAAAAAAAGUAUAAAUAAUGUAAUGGAAAGAACUGUAUUUUUCAGGAAACCCAGUGCUUAGUACAUGCAUCUGAAUAAUAUAAUUAUUCAUACAUUUUUGGUAGACUUGUUUUAUUUAUCUGAGGAAUAAUGUUUGUCUGAAUUGAUUUCAAUGGGUUGGUCUCCUCUGAACUAUGUGUUGGUGCUUUUAGCAAUGGUUUGAUGUACAGAAACAAAUUGUAUAUGCUGUAGGGUAAGUUACAGUUGUGGACUAGCAAUGUAGCAGACAGAAGGAACUGUAUCAACUGCCACAUAUGUGCUUGGGUGGGUUACUUUGGGAAGGAAGGGAGAGGGGUAGUUUGACAUUGCAGUUUAUAUUGUGGAAUAAAAACAUUUUUGUUCUAAUAGCAAA